AGCUAGAGGCACAAAAUAUUAUGUGAGCGAGAAAAGCCCAACAACACACCUAAAACGACGCCGUCCACACUCUCUCAACCAAAAUCACCAUCUCCCUCCAUUCAUUAUCACACCUAAAACCCAAACCAAAAAGCCACAAAUUGUAUCAUAAAAACCUUAAAGGUCCUCCCAUUUAUUAUUUAUUUCUAUUUAUUAAAUUUGUAUUCCCUUCCUCCUCUCCUUUUCAUUUCAAAUUCGAACCCACGCAAUCGCAAAUUUGAUUCAAAAUGGCGGAGCAGAGGAACCGUUGGAGCUGGGACGUCGCCGGCUUCGACCCGUGGAAAUCAUCUCCGCCGUCGCAAUCUCCGCCGCCUCCCCUGGAGCACGCUGAUCGGAAACCUACUGCGCCAUUGGUGCGGCGUUACUCCAUUUCUGCUACGUCGGUUCUUCCGCAACCCAGGCAGUCCGUGGCCUUGAAGCUUCAACGGUUGAAAGACAAAGUCAAGCUUGCUAGAGAAGACUAUGUGCAAUUAAGACAAGAGGCAAAUGAACUUCAAGAAUAUUCAAAUGCAAAACUUGAUCGAGUUACACGAUAUCUAGGUGUUCUUGCAGAGAAAAUCCGCAAGCUAGAUCAUGUAGCCCUUGAAACUGAAGCAAAAAUAGCUCCGCUGAUCAAUGAGAAAAGAAGACUAUUCAAUGAUUUAUUAACAUCUAAAGGAAACAUACGAGUAUUCUGCCGAGCAAGGCCAUUAUUUGAAAAUGAAGGUGCUUCAGUUGUUGAAUUUCCAAAUGACUAUACCAUUAGUGUAAAUACUGGUGAUGAAUCCUUGUCCAAUGCCAAGAAAGACUUUGAAUUUGACCGAGUUUAUGGACCUCAUGUGGGUCAAGCUGAGUUAUUUAGUGAUGUUCAACCACUGGUACAAUCAGCUUUGGAUGGAUAUAAUGUUUCCAUAUUUGCAUAUGGACAAACACAUUCUGGAAAGACACACACUAUGGAAGGAUCAAGCUAUGAUCGAGGUUUAUAUGCUCGUUGUUCUGAGGAGUUGUUUGAUUUAUCCAAUUUAGAUUCAACUUCUACUUCUCAAUAUAAAUUCUGUGUUACAGUUUGUGAGCUAUAUAAUGAAGAGACUAGGGAUCUACUUUUGGAGGCAGGGAAAAACACUCCUAAACUCAGCUUGGGGUCACCUGAAUGUUUUGUGGAACUGGCACAGGAAAAGGUUGACAAUCCUGUUGAGUUUUCUGCAGUAUUAAAAGCUGCAUUGCAGACUCGGGAAAAUGAUUUGGCAAAGAAUAAUGUUUCUCAUUUGAUUGUCACAGUACACAUAUUUUAUAACAAUUUGAUCACGGGUGAAAACUCAUAUAGUAAACUCUAUAUGGUUGAUUUAGCUGGAAGUGAAGGUUUAAUAACAGAAGAUGACAGUGGGGACCGUGUCACAGAUUUGCUGCAUGUUAUGAAGUCUCUUUCAGCGUUGGGAGAUGUUUUGUCUUCUUUAACAUCAAAGAAGGAUAUAAUACCUUAUGAAAAUUCAGUGCUAACAAAACUGCUUGCAGAUUCACUUGGUAUUGAUUUUUUCUUCCCUCUUAUUAUCUUUGAUGUCUCUGCUUAUUAAAAUGCCAAUGUGCGUUUACAACUUUGGUGUGGUUUUUUCAUUGUUAGAAGUCUGUGG